AUGUGCAGUGGCAAGCUGCAGACGGGUUUGCUGGUGGCUGGCUACUUCAUCUACUUGCUAGUGGGUGCAGCCGUGUUCCAGGCGCUGGAGAGGACUGCUGAGCAGCAGGAGAAAAUAGCAGCUGCCCAGAUGAAGGAGGCUUUUCUGCAGAACUUUACCCGCCUCACAGUGGCAGAGAUGGAGCAGUUUAUGAAGAACCUGACUGAAGCCAUUCAGAAUGGAGUAUACCCUGUUGGAAAUGAAUCACAGAUUGAAGACAGCAACUGGGAUUUCAGUAACUCCUUCUUCUUUGCAGGCACAGUUGUCUCCACUAUAGGCUAUGGCACGCUACGUCCUAAAACUGCUGGGGGCCAGAUCUUCUGUGUCUUUUUUGCUCUGUUUGGAAUCCCUCUGAAUAUUGUUUUUCUGCACCGUGUCGGUAAGAUGCUCUCACUGCUGUGUAAAAAGCUGGGGAAAUUCCUGUAUGAGAAAGGAAUGAGAAAG